AUAUAUUUCGAUGCUUUGAGCGAUCAUUCACAACAGCUACGGUAGAGCCAUGCAUAACAACGAUGUAGCUGCUAUCACGCAGCAAGUAUCAGACCUUGACAUUGAUCAGGAUCCCAGUGACCCAGCAGUAAUGAUGGCAGCGCUCAAUCCGGAACUACGACCCGCUCCCAAGUUGUACAGCAAGGGGGUCAAGAUUACGGAUAUUACUCAAAUCUUCACAAAUGCUGCUCACCAGCUCGAAGUAGGAGACCUUGUUAAGGAUCCCUUUUUCACAUUAUUCGAGGCUGUUGCUGCUCUAGAGAUCAUGGAUCCGAAAAUGGAUAGUGGUUAUCUAGCUCCUGGAGAAACUAUGGAGGAUGAUUACGAUUUCACUCAGGCGCUACUGCCAGAGGAAGUUUUGGGUAUCAUUGAUCAGCUUCUUUGUCAUGAGAUGGCUUGGCACAUGGGACACCCACUUGCUCAAACAAUCUUCACCAGUCUAUACAUUGAUCGAAUGCUCCAUCCUUCGCCUUUGAGUCUCAACGAGACCCGGUUUGACAGAGACGAGAGCUGUGCCGAAGAUGAGCCUUUGAUGCUGCAAGUUUUGAGGGCAUACUGUCUAGGUCUGAUCAAAACUUGUUGGUAUGUCAACAAUCGAGUGAGGUCAGAGCAUUUUUACGAAGAGGAAGAUUUUGCGACCCAUACAUUCCAUAGAAAUCUGCUCGAGGGUAUAGAGUAUGAUGAAAUUCUUCGUUUCAUGAAAGAGACUGUAGAAUUAAUUUUGCAGGCUCAGAGCAUAGCCAAGGACAUGAAAAAAGCUUUGUCGACUAGACUUAAUUUUCGGCAGGCUUUUUUGAAAACUGUUAAUACAGUAGAGUCAAGAUCUCAAGAUGCAAAGGAGUCCUGGCGUGAGACGCAUUCGUUCAUUUCUGAUUUGGCAUCAACCGGCAAACUUGCAAAGCCUGUUCCGCAGUCAUUUAGUGUGAAAUUACAGAGGAAGCUCGCGAGUACGGUUCCGCCACGUCCAAUUGUUGUGGUGGGCCAGGAGAGUGCCUACGAACACUUGGAAAGGAUGUGUAAGGAUGGUGAAAUUGCAGUUGAUAUACUUGAUUAUACAGAUAGUCACAGUCUCAUGACUUUUGUUUCAUUAUUUCAAGCACGAAAACCUCAGCCAUCCGUGUAUAUUCGAACUUUACUUCAGUAUUACAUGUUUGCAGAUAUGGUAAUACUGGGUAAAAUGUCCAUCCGAGAAGUUCUCGAUGAUGAUCUAGCUAGUCUUACCUUACCCGGAAACCAGCUUCUAGAUCGUAUCAACGAUGAAGUUGAAGUUAUUCAUGAUCCAAGAUUCCACAUGGCUCAAAGAAUGGAGUUAUUUAGAUCACGCGCCGCAAACACAUACAUAGACAUCCUUCGGACCAUGUGUCAGAGCCGAUGUCGCAUACGCCGAACACUCUGUCACACAAUCGUUGACUGGGAUAAUCUCCAACUUGAUGGUGAGGAGAUUGAUCAGGAACUGAGGGAAUUUACAAAAGAAAAGCCAUUCAUAGAUAAAAACUUAUCACUCGAUCCAAUUUACGCUUUCCCCCUAUCAUCAUGGGCAUACUAUUACAAGCUCCGCCAAAUGGAAUGGAUAGUACAGUUAGGCUUUGAACUCCAGGUUUACCAGCCAGAUGAGUUAUCAGGGAUGUAUUUUUACCUCAAUCAUCUUUGUAAAACGAGAAGUCGUCAUCUUGAGCGUAUCCGAAGCGAGGUCAUGCGAUCCUACUCUACACGUCGCAAUGAAUCGCAGCUUGAUCCUACUCAAAGAGAGGAAUUUACCAAUGCAAUUUCAUUCAUCAACUUCUCCAUGUUAGAAGUUACCUCAACGUAUGGUUUCGCAGACGCACUAUCUUCGUUGUUUGAAGCACUUCGUCGUCUAGAUCUUAUACCCAUACCCCCGAGACCAUACGGCAACGAUGUAAUGCGUUACGAAGUCCGCAUGAAACCGUUUUCUACGAUUGGCCUCCCUGCCCCCUUGUCGUUUGAAUUUUUCACUUACAACGUCACGCAGCCCAAUGAGACCACUCUCGAUUUGCUUUUGAUUGCUGGAGAAGCCACUGCUGCUGCUAAGAAAGGAUUCGAGAUCCUGAGUAAACUCAAUCCUAAAGACGCUUAUUGCCGUGGAUCUCAUGAGAGUUGGCUGAAAGAUAUUAAGGACUGUUUGAAAGCGUGUAUCUUUACUGGAAUCUCGAUUGCAGCGGUCAAAAAGGCCAUCGAAGGUGCAGGCAAGGACGAUAAAGUGAAGAUACAGGUGGAGAUACCCACAACAGGUAAAGGAUAUCAUGAUUGGUGGAUCGUGCCUAAAGUUCUCCCCGAUCCGAAAAGGUAAUGAUCAGUGAUUGAUUUUCAUGUUUCGGGGACUCGGACUCUACUUGAUCGGAAGGGUUCAGAACGUCAGCCAUGGACUUCGGAGGCCUCUCUGAAAACCCUUGGGAAGGUGUCUGAUAGAUGCUAAUCGUGCAUGUCAAGAUGCAAACCUUGUUACAUCUUACGCAAGCUCAUCGGACUGAACUUCAUCCUCCACGUCUCGUGUCUUCUCUUCUCUCGUGAGGUUCAGACAGCCUGAGUAAAUUAGACUGUGUGACGCAGGUACUAGAUAGAUUAUUUAUACAAAUGACAUCCAAAAAUUUGUAGCCCAAGUGCCACGACGAAACCUCACAUCUCUGCAUCAACUUGAUUUACCUAGUAACAUCAUUCCACAACGUCGAAAAUGUUACACCGAACCGUCACACCACACCAAGACGCAGAAUUGGAUCCAGACCCUGACUUAAAUAAUCGAAAUCUAAUUGAGAUUUCGAUUCCGAUGUCUUCCCAAAGUUCGAUUGCCAUGAAUACGAACCAAUCGCGACCCGCGAGUCUGAAGCAACAAUUUUCAAUAUAUC